AUGAUUUUUAUCGUGAUCAAAUAGGCUACUACUAAUGAUUCAAAUAUAAAAGAAAGCUAAAACUCAUUUUAUUCAAAAGUUGGUAAAUCACGUCAAUCCACUUAAGAAAUACUUUAAAAAGAAUAUAUGGUUAACUAUAGUCUGAUGAAAAUCUUAAAUCAAUAAUCACAGGAUAGACUAUUAAUUUAAAUAGUCUUGAAAAAUAAUUAAACAUUAUAAAAGAUAGUUUUAUUUGAGAAAUUGCUUGAUGGAUAAAUCAUGUAAAUUUAUUAUAAGAAUUAAAAAAUGAAUAUCGAAUUAGAACAUUUUAGUAUGAUACCCUAGUUAUUGAAAUAAAAAUAUAUUUUAGAUUGUAGAGAAAAAAGAAAAAUAUUAUAAGAUAUUCUUUAUUCAUUGUUAAAUGAUUUUGAAUUAAAAUAGAAAUAUUCUAUUGAUAUCUAAAUAUAAAACCACUCUGUCAAGGAUUAUUACAAAUAAAAUUAGCAGCUUUCUAAUAAGAAAUUACAACAUAAUUAUGGACUAAAAUAGAUUAAAUUUAAAAUUAAUAUGAUAAAAUAAUUAACAUAAGAAAAGAAUUCUUUUUCAUAAAGUUAUUUUAGAUAACCUAAGAAAUGUUUAAGUUGGAUAGUUGAUUUUCAAACUAUGAUAAGGAGAAAUAUUAAAAUAUCAAAAAAUAAUUAUAAGAUGAGCCAGAAAAAAAGGAUGAAAUUAGUUUAGGGUUUUAUAAACUAAAAUGA